AUACUAAGAAAGUGUUUAUAUUUUAAUAAAAUGAAUACAUAAUAAAUAAUAAAUAUUAUACAACUAUUACAGUAAAUAAUAUUUCAUCGGAUGUGAAAUAUACACAUUUUUAUAACUAACAAUUACUAGGAUAUAUCUAAUGUAUAAUAUUGGGAUAAUAAAUUAACCUUAAAUAAUUAAUAUCAUAUUAUUGUGGAUUAUAAUUUAUAACAUUGAAAAUAUCAUGCUUAAAAUAAAUGAAUUUUUUAUUUUGAUAGUAAUUCAAUUUAUUUUAAAAGGCGUUUUGAUUAAUGCAAACUCAAUACAAAAUUUAUUGGCAAAUAACGAGUCGGACAUUGAUUAUGAUUAUGACAAAUGGUUUUGGAAUAAAGAGGAAUAUCCCAAUCCAUACGAACUGCCGCCAUAUUGUCGAAGAACUAAACCAUCGUAUAUCUGUGAUCCGGAUCAUCUCAUUAGCAAACGUCAGGCUAAUAUUAUAGAUAAUUUGAUUAAUGAUAUAAAAAACGGUUCAAUUUGUUUCUGUUCCUAUUGUCCACCAAAUGAAAGGGGUCUCACCAUUAGUGUUGCGCUCACCAGAAAUAUUUAUAAGGAAUAUAAUGUACGUCAAUUACAAAAUGCCGAAACAUUUGCUGAAUAUAUCAGAAAGAAAUGGAAUUUUGGUAUUUGUGACAAUAAUAUCGUUAUUUUAGUCAUUGCUGACGACAAUCAAAUUGUAUAUUCUGAGGGCACGACAACAUCUAAAGUGUUUCCAAAGUUUCUUUUGGAUGACACCAUUAAAAAUAGUGAAAUUCAUUUUAUUCAAGAAAAUUAUUACAAAGGUUUGGAAAAUAUCGUCAAAUCUUUAAAAGGUAUAUUGAAUGGCAAUAUUCAAUACUCGGCAGUACUUGAAGACAAUAACAAUGAAGAAUUUGAAGAGAGUUUUGAAGAAACUAAAGAAACAAACGAUGAAUCGGUGGACGACUCGUCACAUGUGGGCGUCAUUGUGGGCGCCGUCGUUGGACUCUUGGUUUUCAUAGCUAUUGUAGUCUUUAUAUUAAUAUAUUUAAGAAGACGUUUCAAUGAAGACGGAACUAAGUUUCAGUUUAAAGGAAUGUUAAGCAAAGGCUAUUGGCUUAACAAAAAUGAAGGACACAGACCUGUCAGUGUCCGUCCCAUUAGUACCACCGGUGGUGUGUACGAGCCCUGCAGUAUUGAUGACAAUUGUCAACAUGACAUGGAUGUCGACAAACGGCUCAAAGAAAAAUUAAGUGAAAUAAGUGACGAUGAAGACCAAAAUGAUGAAGAACUACAAGUUAUUGAACACAACAUACAAACUAAAGAUACAAACACUGGGGUCACCGCCACUAGACAUACAGUUCCCAUACAUACAAGUGCUUCUAAUGACAAUAAUAGUGCCGUCAAUAUCUAGAAUCAAAAUAUUAAAUUUUUGCAGUUUAAUGACAUUUGAUUUAAACGAUAAAUAUUUUGUGAGACUUUUUAAA